AAAGGCGCUCUACUGUAAACUAUACGUUACACAAUGACUGUUGAUGCUGAAGGGAAUAAGAUAGUUGUUUGUGACAAUGGUACAGGAUUUGUAAAAUGUGGAUACGCUGGAGCCACCUUCCCCGAAUUUAUUUUCCCAUCACUCAUAGGGAGACCAAUAUUGCGCGCAACUUCUCGCGUGGGCAAUUUGGAAGUUCAGGAUCUUAUGAUAGGUGAUGAAGCAAGUGAAUUAAGACAGAUGUUGGAAUUAAGUUAUCCACUGGAGAACGGUAUUGUUAGAAAUUGGGACGAUAUGAUCCAUUUAUAUGAUUACAUAUUCGGUCCAAAAAAGAUGAACAUUGAUCCCAAACAUGCAAAGAUUUUGUUAACAGAGCCUCCUCUCAAUCCAUUGCGUAACAGAGAGAAGAUGGUUGAAGUAAUGUUUGAAAAAUAUGGUUUUAACGCACUAUUCAUUGCCAUACAAGCGACAUUGACUCUUUACGCCCAAGGUCUCAUGACGGGGGUUGUUGUUGAUUCGGGUGAUGGCGUUACUCACAUAUGCCCAGUUUACGAUGGACUCUCUUUGCCGCAUUUAACAAGACGUUUGAACGUCGCCGGUCGCGACAUAACACGCUACCUUAUUAAACUCUUGUUACUGCGUGGUUAUGCAUUCAACCAAACAGCAGAUUUUGAAACAAUCCGGCAAAUGAAAGAGAAGUUAUGUUAUGUGGCGUACGACGUGGAACAGGAGCAGAAUCUAGCUCUGGAUACAACAGUUUUGGUGAAAAAAUACACGUUACCUGAUGGACGUGUUAUCAAAGUAGGCGGUGAGUUAUUCGGUGCACCAGAAGCUCUCUUUCAGCCUCAUCUAAUCGAUCGUGAAGGUGUCGGUAUAUCAGAAUUAUUAUUUAAUACAAUCCAAGCUGCUGAUAUUGAUACAAGACCAGCAUUCUACAAGCAUAUAGUAUUAAGUGGUGGGAGUACAAUGUAUCCUGGUUUGCCAAGUCGUCUUGAACGUGAAAUUAAACAGUUAUAUUUACAAAAUGUACUGAAAGGUGAUACUGAAAGAUUUGCAUGAGUCAUACACAAAAUAGGAUCUGGCACAUUUUCACAUCUGUUCAAGUUGCCACGCCUCUAUCAGUAGAGCAAGGAGAAAUUGUUAGGGCGAAUUCCAAAGUGAUAGAGUUAUUAUUAGUAAUCAUUAGUACUAGUAACAAUAUUAUUAGUAAGCAGAGAUGGAUGGUGGCUAGCAGUGGAACCCAGGAAUCACAUUUCAUCCUAUUUAGGAUUCGUUAACCGGAUACUCCUGGGUCUCAGAGUUGAUGUUCACUCCGAGACUCGAAUCCAAUACCGUUCGCUUCAAAUGCCAUCGCGUUACCCACUUAGCUACUGAGUCCAGAGAGCCACUAGCUUGUGCAAUUGUGGUGAAGUUUUGAUUCAUUUUUGUAUUGGUUACUUAAACUCUGGGAUGCAUGUACAUCCAGAUGACGAGUCCCAAACAGGAUGAAACGGGUCGUGACCAGUGGAGUUCAACCGGGUCUGUUGUAAGAUAGUAAUUCACUGAAGACAACAGUGGACGGUGGUGCAUUUUCGUGGAUUGGUUCAAGUUAGACACUAACACCGUUGGAUGCUGGCUCAUUGGUCUAGAGGUCAAGCGUCCGUGCGCGAGACCGAUAGGUCCUGCGUUCGAAUCCCGCGAGCGGGAUCGUGGAUGCUUACUGCUGAGGAGUCCUGUACUAAAACGAAACGGCCCUCCAGUGCUUCCAGGUUUUCCAUAGUGGUCUAGCUUUAAUUGACUCAUGAAUUCAACUAUUAAAUUUAAAAAAUCAUAAAAUGAAAUAUUGAAUAUCCAAGAAUACCACUUUAUCGUAUUCGCUUUAGUUAUAAAUUUUCUGUUUGUCUAUUAUUGUUCCCAAUAUAUAUUUCCAAUACACGUAUUACUUUUAGUUGCCUCAACUCAAGUCUCUCAAAUGUUUUAAUUCAGUAGAAUCAGUAAACUGAAUUUAACUUUAUCCGAUAACAUCUGAUUAUUUGAGCGUAAUGAGAAGGAUACAAUAUGAGAUUGAUUGUUCAUUGAUUCUGU